UCGAAUGAUUCAUGCGCUUUUCGGAAAAGAAUAUACCCGGUAGUUUAAAUCAUUCGUUGCAAAUCAAAAUGGCAGACGAAGUGGAUGAUACAAUUUUUGGCAAAAUUGUGCGGAAAGAAAUACCCGCUAAAUUCUUACACGAAGACGAACAGUGUGUAGUGAUAAAAGAUAUUCAUCCGCAAGCUCCUCAUCACUUCCUGGUCGUCUCGGUAAAAGAGUUGAGGAAGCUGGAAGAUGCUGUCGAGACAGACCAACAGUUACUUGGUCACAUGAUGUGGGUUGCUACAAAAGUUGCCAAAGAGGAAGGCAUCACUAAUGGUUACAGAAUAGUUAUUAACGACGGGGCAGAUGGAGGCCAAAAUGUUUACCAUCUCCAUCUACAUGUGUUAGGAGGAAGAAAAAUGAAUUGGCCACCAGGAUAAUAGAGCCAUCUGUGUUAAAAGCAUUGUUCCUCCAGAUGUACGACUUUUUUUUAACAAACAUUACGUUUUUAGGGUUCGUGUUAACUGUAUAGUACAACUAAAAUCUUAACAACAUAAUAGUUGACUAUAUAUUAUACAGAAUACAAAAGUGUUUAUGUUUUAUGAGUAACGUCAAAAAUUGUGUUUCACUGUUUGUUCACAAUUAUUUAUAUAUGAUUGUCUUAUGUUACAUUAAUGUAAAGAGGACUUUAAUCUGGAGGAAUGAUUCAAACUAUCAUAUUUUCGACAAAACAAUGACCUAUUUUGAUCAUUAGACACAUUAUUUGUCAUAUUCUAUAAGUCUUAUUGGUUUGUUUUCUACCAUGGCUUUCCUAGCUGGAUAUAUGUAGGUCGUGAUAUUAUAUGGAUUUGGUAUUCCUACCAUCAGCUUACAGUGGCAAAUACAGUCGAGUCGAUUUGUCAUAUAUACUCACAACAGAGUAUUGUCAAAAAAGACUUACAAUAUCGUGAGAACUGUUGUUUCACUAAAUAAAAUUUAUGAAUUCCAUUUUGUGAACUUUGAAGUACAACAGACACAAAUAGUGUUUACCUAACUCCUUAAAAUAAACAUUCAGGUGUG